GAGGAAUUCAGGAGACAUCUAUGAAGAGCCCAGGUCAGUGGACCAUGAAGACCUUCUCUUUGAGCCCCAUUGUUCUCCUGACCCUCUUCCUCAGUGUCCACCUUGGAGCUGCCACAUGUGAGAGUGAGAUGUCUAGGCCUUGCUGCCUCUCUUACCACCACAUGAUAAUCCCGUGGGACUGGGUGUACACCUACGAGCUCGCCAAAACCAGCUGUUCCCAUGAGUUUGUGAUAUUGACUACAAAAAGAGGUAAGAAAAUCUGUGUCCAACCACAGGCCAAGUGGGUACAGAGAUACAUUUCUAGGUUGAAAGCCCAGAAGCAUGCUGGAGUUUUAGCUCAAGGAUCCUUGAACUGA